GAUUCCAAUCCAUUCUCACACCUACAUUAAAUAGAGGAACAGAUUCCUUCCUCCCAUCCCAACUCUAACCAAGACCUCAUUUUCCAUGUUAUGACCCAACCACCAUACCUCCACCACUUAACCCUAUCCCACCACCAACCAUGCGAUCCCUCAUCCACCGCCAUCCCCUCCUCACAUCCAUCCUCUCCCUAGCAUCACUCACCACUCUAACCGCCUACCUCACCAAAUGCCACCUGGACCAAUCCUUCCCCCGAAUCCCCAUCACCGACCUCCCCAAAUCCAGCGCCUGUCGAACCCUCCUCGAAACCCCCUCCGACACAUCCACCCCCACCCCUACCCCAUGGGGCAUGAAAUCCUCCCCGCUCCUGACCCGCUGGUCCGGCGGGCCCAAAUCCCACUGGAUCCCUUCCUACGUCGCCCUUCAAGCCGAAAUACCCAUCUCCCAGCUCGAAUCACCCAAUGAUAGUAAUACGAAAAGCUCCACCCACGACCUAACACAAACCCUCCUCUCCGCAUUCCUCUCUGCCCGGUCCACGGGAAUAGAAACUAUCCUCUUGGAUAGAUCUAUCCCUUAUCUAUCCUUCACCCCCGGCCACCACCUCUUCGGAAGGGCAAAAACCAUGGGUGCAUUUCUGCUAGGUACUUGGUCCUCGAAACAGGGGAUGACACUUCACCCUGGAGAUUUACCCUCUGAGGCGGUUAAACCUGUCACGGAAUUUUGUUCGAAUGAGAGUACUGUUCGUGGUGAGGGGAGGGAUGUAGCGGGCGCUGUCGUGUAUUGGAAGUUUCCGGAUGGGUUGGUAAAUGCGGUGGAUAGGGCUGGGUUGCCGUGGCGGUUGAUGGAGGGGGGUUUUCAGGAGUUUAUGGUAGAGAGGGUGUCGGAGGAGAAAGCGAGGGUUACGUAUGUUUGUGUAGAGUGUAUGAAUAUGUAUCCUGGGGGAGAUCGGUCUACGAGGGAUUGGAGGAUGUUGCCGUGGGUGAUGUAUGAGUUGCAUGUGGUUUAUGCGCAGGUUUUGUGGUGGAAGAUGAUGAGGAGGUUGAGGUCCUGAGGUGGAUGAUGUCUCUCCACUCUUGGGAAUGAAUAAUAAGCCGAGAAUGUACGAUAGGAGAUAUAGAAAGCUGCUUUUAUGGGUUGUAUGUAUAUUAUGUUGAAUUGUUUGGAUCAAGAUACAUCAAGUAUCAGUCCUCAGGAUCAUACCGAAAAGGGUAAUAUCUCGAGCUUAUGCCCCCCUCAAAACCUCUGCAUCCCUCAGACUGAGCAAAACAACCCGCAACCCCUCAAACCAAAGCAAAUAGGUAAAAAGAAAAAAAAGCAAGAUCACCUCCUCUUCUUCGGCU